UAAUCAUGUUUCAGAGACGUGAUUGAUUUUACUAUUUCAAGCUGCGCGCCUUUUCGUUUUCAGGUUACCAAAGUAAAGUCAUUUCAGUCAUUUGAUUUUGUUGUCUGGACCUACGACCUUCUUUCAGUAAUUAUUUAAUUGUUUGAUUUGUUUUGUUAAUAUUGUUACAUGAUGUUUCGAACUUUCAUUUCGGCUAGAGCUAAUUCUAUCAAUGCUAAAAAGUUAUCAACGGUAAUUACUAGAGAUCUAGAGUCUCUAGUUAAUUUCAAGGUAACCUCUCGUAAUACUCGAUUAUAUUCAUCUUCAAAGCUAGCAUCGUGCAUCAAAUUUGAUAGGAAGUAUAGCUUUCAUUCUGGUUCAUUAUAUGGUAGACCUUUGCAAUUUACUAGUGUAAGAUGUUUUUCAUCUGGAGAUUUACCCGAGCAUACACCGGUCCCAUUACCUGCUUUAUCUCCAACCAUGGAAUUGGGAACUAUAGUUUCAUGGGAGAAAAAGGAAGGUGAUAAAUUAAAUGAAGGUGACUUACUGGCGGAAAUUGAGACAGAUAAAGCUACUAUGGGCUUUGAAACUCCAGAGGAAGGUUACUUGGCAAAAAUAUUGGUGUCUGCUGGAACCAAAGAUAUUCCGAUUGGAAAAUUGUUGUGCAUCAUUGUUCAAAAUCAAGAGGAUGUUGCUGCCUUCAAAGACUAUGUACCUUCAGAAUCUUCUGUAAAACCCAAAGCAGCUGGAGAGUCGUCUUCACAGCCUCCUGUGCAACAAACUCCACAACCCGUGCCGCAGAAUGUUCCACAACAGCCUGCAUUCGCUGCUGGUGGUGCUCCAACCGGUGGAAGAAUCUUUGCUAGUCCUUUCGCCAAGGCCUUAGCAUCAUCGAAAGGUCUUGAUCUCUCAGCCAUUGGUCAAGGUUCAGGUCCAGGAGGAAGAAUUAUUGCCCAAGAUGUAUUAUCAUCAUCAACAACAACACCAACUAACGUGGCUCCAGUCGCUGGAGGUUCUUUCGUUGACAUACCUCUUACUGGAAUGCGUCAAACCAUCGCAAAACGCUUAUUACAGUCCAAGCAAUCUAUUCCUCAUUAUUACUUAACUGUCGAUAUUGAAAUGGAUCAACUCCUCAAUUUAAGGAAACGCGUUAACGAAAUGCUCAACAAGGAAAACGUAAAGGUUUCAGUGAAUGAUUUUGUUAUAAAAGCAUCUGCUUUAGCAUGCAGGAAAGUACCAGAGACCAAUUCAUCCUGGCAAGAAUCAUACAUCCGUCAAUAUUCAAAUGUAGAUGUUUCAAUUGCUGUAAGCACUGAUAGAGGUCUUAUAACACCAAUCAUCUUUAAUGCUGAAAGCAAAGGAGUCAAAGAAAUUAGCGAGCAAACUAAAGCUUUAGCUGCCAAAGCUCGAGACGGCAAAUUGGAACCUCAAGAGUUCCAAGGAGGUACUUUCACCAUCUCAAACCUAGGAAUGUUUGGAGUGAAACAUUUUUGUGCCAUAAUCAGCCCUCCUCAAUCGUGUAUAUUAGCGGUCGGUGCUGCCGAGAAGAAAGUUGUACCUGAUGAUAACGGAGGAUUUAGAGUAGCUAAUGUUAUGAAUGUCACUCUGAGCUGUGAUCACAGAGUUGUGGAUGGAGCUGUGGGAGCUCAAUGGCUUCAGCAUUUUAAACGAUUUUUAGAGGAUCCUGUUACAAUGAUUAUCUAAAUUAAUCACUUUUAUCAGUUGCCAUUUUCUCCCCGAAUUGAAUGAAUUUAGUCCCGUAUUUGAUUUUACCUCCUAUUUAAUAGGUUUAGUCUGUUUGUAAUUUAUUUUAAAUAUUAUUUGCUGUUAAACUUGUUAAUUUGUCUUGAUUUAACUGGUAAAACCAUUUUCUUUACAUUUGGGACACAGCUGAAAAAA